AAACGAGAUUCACCACAUUUCCCAUAAGCCAUCUGUUGUUCCGGAAGUGGCGUAGAAUAUAGUGGCUCCUGGAUUUAAACUGAAAUGGGCACUGAUCCCAUGAAUAGAGGAUUUUAGACAUAUAAUAACUCCUUUAAUGACCAUUUUUAUGAGAGGACAUGCGUUCGUGAGGUUUCUUUGAAAUGACCGGUCUCAUAGAGUUUCUCGCGCGUGUGUUUUGAAGCGUUAUUUCAGUCGUUUGUUUCCUAAAGCUGAAACACUCCUCUGCAUUAUAUCAGGUGUCGCUUCGCGAUCCGUUUACCUGUCGCUGUAACCUCACCUGUCAUCAUUCCCGCUGGCUCUAUGUGUCUUCAUAACGCAGGCUGGGGUUAGGCUCGUAUUUUAAUCGAGAAGUUGAUUAUCAGCCGCUCAGGAUGAACUGGGAUCAACAGUUGAGCUCCAUCAUCUCCGAGGCUGAUGGAAGUGUCGCAAAAAUGAGAGAACGCCUUACUGUGCAUGGAAGAUCUCCCAGAGUAACAGAAGAUGUGUUUCCGGUCAGAGAGGUCACAGCCGGUGUUGAUCUGAAGUUGUCUACGGUUCAGUGGUCAGAUCUGACCGCCAUCCAAACACAAUUACAGCAGCAGAGUCAGGCCAUUGAGACUUUAACACAGAGUCUUCGAUUACUGGAAAGAGAACGAAACACUCAGCAAAGACAAAUGCAAACAUUACAAGAGGAGCAGAAGAGACUUCAGGAUAAACUGGAGGAGAGAGAGCGGGAUGCGGGGCGGAGAUCACUGAGUCCUGGACCGGACCGACGGAUCGAGCAGUGGAAGAGAGAGAUGGAUCGAGAGCUGAGCAGUCUGAGAGGUCAGAUCAACCGUGCCACGACUCUAGGAAACCAGGAAGAAAGUUUCAGCUCUAAACUGCGCAGAGAAGAACUGGAGCAGCUCAGGAGAGAGGUGGACAUUCUCAAAAACAAACUCAUGCGGCAGGAGGAAGAUACGUUCCAGCUCCAGUCAGAGGCCAGAGAAACAAGGAGGCAGUAUGAACGCAGCUCUAAGACUUUGGAGAGUUUUACAGACUCGUACCGAACUCACAGUUUUGAUCUCGCUCGGAUGGUGGCACAGUACCAGCACACUCAACAGGAAGUGCGUGACCUCAGAGUCACCGUCUCAGAGCUGAAGGACGAGGUGCGAGGUCUCGUCCUGAGAGAAACCCUCCCCACGCCUGCACCGUUACCACAGAAACCAGCAGUGGUAACCGUGAAGACGAGGCCCCAGAGACGCGUGUCGUCAGGGUCGGAGGAUGAUUUCAGUCCCACCCCUAGUCUGGGUGAGAUCAGCUCAGAUGAGUUGGAUGCAUCAUGGCUGGAAGAACCAGAGCCACAAACCAGGAGGAGGCGCCGGCGUGUCCGUUUAAAUCCAGACCUUACAGGAAGUGACCUCAGCGACGCUGGAAGUGGGCUUGAUAGUAACCUUGGCAAUGAUGCUGAAGGUGUGGACAGAGUUUCAGACAGUCCUCCAGAUCUCAGUCUCAGUGACCUCUGACCUUAAAGGCCAGUAAAUCUAUGUGCUGCUAUUAGAGGAAAUGGAAACCUCGGUCUUACGUUGACGCAAGUAAGUAGGUUUAAAGAGUGUAACGGACAGUUUACUUGUGUCAUGAAGGCCCGGACUGUGCUAUUUAUGCUAUAAUUGAUCAAUACGUUCAUGUAAAAUCAAGACCAUGGGCACAGAGGUUUUGCAGUAUUUUAUGACUGACACACAUUACUCACAGAGAGUCUUUAUAGGCUUUGCAAGUAUUGCACUGACAUACUCUGAGGUAUCAGCUACCAAUGUAAGUUGCAAAACAGCUUUUGCAAUAAUGCAAAAAGAGUGUUUUCAGUAUGAACAUGCAACACGUAACAUCCAUUUAGUCAAAAACAGUUUGACUCUGGCUUGUGUACAUGUUGUAAAUGUAUUUGCAGGCAGUAUUUGGAGCAUGUUUGUCACAGUAAGACCAGAAAUAUGUAUUAAGAAAGUAAAUAGUCAGUUUUUAUUUCAUGUUGACUUCAGAUUUUUUUGAAGAAAAAAAAAUAAAUAAAUAAAAAAAGUCACCUUUUUACCACUUAAAAUAAGUCUCAAUAAUUGUAGCAUCUCAUAACAUGCGUGCCCAGUGUU